GCCAGUGCGAGCUACCACUCCGCCAGAGGGAGUGCGUCGUCAACAAUAAUUGCUGUUUCAUGAACCUUCCCAACAAAGGAGGAAACAUGGCCAUGAAAGUCUCGAGCUGGAUCGACACUGACCUGCACCGAAACGGCACAUGCGAUUUCAGUGCCUUCUGGACCUGUGAGACCGAGCCGAUUCUUGUUUGCAGGAGUUCAAACGACAUGUGCCCGUCGUAG